AUGAAAACAUCAACCUUUGCUUCAUCAGUUUCUCCCUCCCAACCUUCAAUGUCUCCACCACUAUCACCCAUCUGGUCUCCUCCUCCUCCACUAAGUCCCUCCUGGUCUGCUCCUCCACUAAGUCCCUCCUGGUCUCCUCCAGCAGACAUCAGCGUGGUGGUGACUGCAGCUCUGCUGGCCGUGUUGGGAGUGGUCUUUGUCCUCGGGACCGUUGUCAACUCCUUGGUCUUCCUGGUCUUCUACCGCAGACCCUCGCUCAGGUCUCUCUCCAACAGAUUCGUAUUAUCCCUGACGUCGUCCAACCUGGUGUCGACGGUGAUGGUGGUGCCUCUCCACGCCCUCAGACUCGGCGGCCUCAUCCCUCUCCUCACUCCCGCCACUACUGAAGGCGCUGACGGUGGCCAGUACGUCAGUCGCGGGGCCGAGGAGUUCUGGUGGUGCCAGGUCUCCAAGGCACUCAUGGCUUUAGCUGUCGAAGCUGCCAUCUUCUCGGUCCUGCUCAUUGCCGUCGACAGGUACUGCGCCGUCACCUCUCCGCUCCACUACUCGAUGACCAUCACGCGAGGGCGUAGCGUCAGGCUCAUCGUGGGCGUGUGGGCGUUAGCUCUUCUCUACGCCCUGCCUCAACUGCUCGCCCACACCCCCGCCCACCUCCGCCCAGCCUCCAGACUCUCAUCUUGCCCCGACGGUCAGGAUGUGGUUCCUGCUGUGCCCGUCAAGUUCGGGCUGUACUACGCUGUGCUGCUGGCGCUGUGUGGAUUCCUGGUGCCGCUGUUGGUGCUGUGCUGGAUAUACGUUCGGAUGUACCGCGCUGCCCGCCGUAACUCCGCUCGUACGCGGCGACACAGCGUCUGUCAUAACCCUGCGGAGAUCAUCAUUCCUGACUGUCCCUCUACUCCAGACUCCGGGAAUCACAACUCCGUCAGGUGCAAAGCCCGCACGCACCGCCGCCGUACGUCUAACAUCAGCUUCUCUUCGCUUUUCUUCCGCGAGGAAGGUCGCGCCGUGAAGACAGCUGUCAUCGUCAUAGCCUCCUUCGUCACGUCGUGGAUGCCAUAUUUUAUUUUUAAAAUAUUUGAAGCCGGUGGGUGGUCGAGGGAUAGCCCGUACGUUGACGAGGCGGUGACGUACUUAGCUCUGUCUUCCUCCUGCACUAGUCCUUUUAUAUACGUCUACCGGAACGACACGGCCAGUAAAGAGGUGCUGAAAAUUAUAUGUUGGUGGCGGCCGCCCAGCCCCGGUUCUCCGUCAUUUACGCGCUCUUCCCUCAACCCAAAGAUGGGUAAUGGCCACGCCACCACGCCCGUGCGGAUCAUCGAGCCAGAUACCGCAUCCCUCUACAGCUACGCCACAGAGUGCGGCGCAUGCGGCCAUAACCAACUGGUGUGUUCGCUGCGGAACGGCAGACCUGUGACCUCUCCGUUGCCGCCAGAGCAGCGGAGGGCUCUCAGCCCCCGGCGGGAAAGUACCGUUUCGUUCAAGUUGACGCCGAUGGACCGCCCGCCGUCCAGAUGUCGCCAGUGUUUGCGUCAGGACUCCGCGUCCUCAGCUUCGUCUGACGACCCUUUACUCAGCGAUUGUUACCGCCACCAUCGCCCAUCUAAUCCUUCCGUCAGAUGGACGCGGCCGCGGAUGUCAAACGGGUCAGUUACGACGAGAAGCGACUCGCUAGCUUCCACUAACUCCUCGGUACUCAGCGCCGGUAUCCAACGGUGGCCUAUAAGACGGUACUCAACGGUAUCUACCGACAGCGGCGGGACCAUCACCAGACGCAGCGCUCACGAAGACCCCGACGAUGACGUGGUGUCAGCACGUCUUCAUCCCCCUGGCGGCCAACGCUCACUCUUCCUGGAGAGUGAAGAAGAUACACUUGACGCCGGCACCAAUCAGCCCGAGAUUCACGGCUACGCUAACCCCUUCCGCCACCCUCGUCUCAGCCACCGGCAGGAGUCGGUGGGGUCCUCGGUGAGGUUUAUAUGGGAGAUUGAGGAAGGAGACGGCCAGGACGACGACACUACUGAGGGAGAGGCCCAAAACGCGCCUCCUAGGUGACCUUUGGCCCGGUCGCCCUCACUAAUGAACCUGGCCGGGGCCUGCCAGAGGCAAGAUUCAGACGACUCUCAGACCAGCAACUGGAGACUGUCAGUAUGAGGUCAACUGACAACUCCCUCAGUAAAGCUGUCAACUGGAGAGACGUUAAACUGUCAACUGAGCAGAUGGGAAGCUAUGAUGGAAAUUAAUAUUUCCUCUGUGGUAUUAAAUUGUAGUAUACUCAUUAUUACCUUUAUAUGUAUUGUUUAACCAAAUAACUUAAAACAACUAUGUAUGUGUACGCAGAAAAUGUCCUUAAUAUUCUACGAUUCAUCCGAAUUCCGAUGGAAAUGGAAACAUUUCUAUUACUCUAAACUGCCGACUCAAUUAUAAGAAAAUAGAAUCUAGACCCACUCUGCUGACCCUCAGAGAUCACAUCACAAACUAUUUCAGUGAUGGGUUUCCACUGGAGCCUCUACCUCUGAGAAUCUGUGUUUUCACAGGAGCUCUACCUGUGAAACUCUGGGUUUCCACAGGAGCCCUACCUGUGAAAUUCUGGGUUUUCACAGGAGCUCUACCUGUGAAAUUCUGGGUUUUCACAGGAGCCCUACCUGUGAAACUCUGGGUUUCCACAGGAGCCCUACCUAUGAAACUCUGGGCUUCACAGGAGCCCUACCUAUGAAACUCUGGGCUUCACAGGAGCCCUACCUGUGAAACUCUGGGUUUCCACAGGAGCCCUACCUGUGAAACUCUGGGCUUCCACAGCAACUCUACCUGUGAAACUCUGGGCUUCAAAGGAGCCCUACUGUGAAAAUCUGUGUUUCAAGGAGCCCUACCUGUGAAACUCUGGGCUUCACAGGAGCCCUACCUGUGAAAUUCUGGGUUUUCACAGGAGCCCUACCUGUGAAACUCUGGGUUUCCACAGGAGCCCUACCUAUGAAACUCUGGGCUUCACAGGAGCCCUACCUGUGAAAUUCUGGGUUUUCACAGGAGCCCUACCUGUGAAACUCUGGGUUUCCACAGGAGCCCUACCUAUGAAACUCUGGACUUCACAGGAGCCCUACCUAUGAAACUCUGGGCUUCACAGGAGCCCUAUCUAUGAAACUCUGGGCUUCACAGGAGCCCUACCUGUGAAACUCUGGGCUUCACAGGAGCCCUAUCUACGAAACUCUGGGCUUCACAGGAGCCCUAUCACUGGACAAAAAUAUUUGCCGGCGUAGAGGGACUUUCCGGUGUACUGUGUAGCGUGAUCUCGUUGCCUUUUGGUUCUUAGAGAGCUGCGGAUGUGCUUAUUAUUAGUCCUUAACAUGUGGUUGAGGAAGUAAAUGGAUGAUAUGCCACGCUGGUUCUCUAGGACUGUCAUACAGUGUCAGACGAACCAGCACAUUGUCAUGCCGUGUUAUUUAGGUCACCGCGGUGCCAUGCAGUGUCAGUCGAGUCAGGGGCCGUGCUAUACGGUGUCAGUCGAGCCAGCACCGUGCUAUAGGGUGUCAGUCGAGCCAGCACCGUGCUAUAGGGUGUCAGUCGAGCCAGCACCCUAUUAUACGGUGUCAGUCGAGCCAGCACCCUAUUAUACGGUGUCAGUCGAGCCAGCACCCUAUUAUACGGUGUCAGUCGAGCCAGCACCCUAUUAUACGGUGUCAGUCGAGCCAGCACCCUAUUAUACGGUGUCAGUCGAGCCAGCACCCUAUUAUACGGUGUCAGUCGAGCCAGCACCCUAUUAUACGGUGUCAGUCGAGCCAGCACCGUGCUAUACGGUGUCAGUCGAGCCAGCACCCUAUUAUACGGUGUCAG